ACAGUGCUCAAAAAAAGGAAAUAAUCAUUUUUCCAAUGAAUCUGCAUUUCUCUUUAAUUCUCACUAUUAAUUCCUGCAUUCCAUUUCAGUGUUCUUCCCGCCGAGGCUAUGACUUGUUGAAAUGGGCUUUGUUUUCCCGCGAGUUCUCAACCGUUUUUCAAAUCCAUCAACCGUUGUUUCAUGGAACUCCAGCAUUCGAGCAAACGUUGCUAAAGGCCUCUACCAAACAAGCCUUCUCCUUUUCCGCCAAAUGAUUCAGUCCGGUGCUCCGCCGGACCGGCUCACCUUCCCCUUCGUUCUCAAAGCCUGCGCAAGGAUCUCUGAUGUCCCAGCAUCGCAAUCCGUUCAUGCGCACAUCGUCAAGGACGGACUCUGUUCUGAUGUCUUUGUUGCCACAGCUAUGAUGGAUGCCUACUUCAAGUGUGGUCUUGCUAGUGAUGCGGAGAAACUGUUUGAUGGAAUGACUGAAAGAGAUGUCGCUGCAUGGAAUGUUAUUAUUGCUGGUUUAUUUGAAGCAGGUUCGAUUGAUAGAGUCUUCAGCCAUUUUCGGCAGAUGAGGGUUGGUGGUAUCUUGCCAGAUUCACUGACAAUGAUUAGCCUGAUGCAGUCAUGCGCUCGCAUGAGAAGCCUGUAUUUAGUUAAAGCUUUUCAUUGUUUGGGGAUCUGCAUUGGUGUUAGAGAUGAUGUUUCUGUAUUGAAUACAUGGGUUGCAGCAUAUGCCAAGUGUGAGGACUUGACCUCGGCCGAGUUGGUGUUUGCUGAGAUUACUGCAGAAGCAAGGUCGAUCGUGUCGUGGAAUUCUAUGAUGGCAGGUUAUGCAUAUUUUGGUAGGUAUGAACAAGCUAUUCGUUUAUUUUGUUCGAUGAGUCUAAAGGGCAUUAGACCUGAUUUGAGCACAACCGUUAGCUUGCUUUCAGCAUUCAACCACUCUGACGCGCUUUUUGAAGGCAUGCAAGUUCAUGGUCUUGUUGUCAAAGCAGGGUUUGAGUUGGAUGUCUCUGUGAUCAAUACUCUCAUAUCAUUGUAUUCCAAAUGUGGAGAUGUUGAAGCUGCCAGAUAUUGUUUCGAGAACAUGUCAGAGAGAACACAUGUUUCAUGGACUGCUCUGAUUCAUGGUUAUGCGAGAAAAGGAGAUAUCGAGGAGACUCUGUCUCUGUUUGGUGCCAUGGAAGCUGCUCGGGAGAAGCCGGAUGCUGUCACUGUUGUUGCUUUUCUAUCUGCUUGUAGUCAAACAGGUUCUCUUGAGCUUGGAAGAUUGAUGAAUAGAUAUGCAAUUGCAAAUGGGGUUUUCGACAACAUGGUGGUUCUUAAUGCCUUGAUAGACAUGUAUGCAAAAUGCGGAUGUGUCGGCAAUGCUAGGAGACUCUUUGAUAGCAUGACUGAUAAAACAGUUGUCUCUUGGACGACUAUGAUUGCCGGUCAUGCCAUGAAUGGCGAUGCUGAAGAAGCUUUGGAUGUAUUUUCUCGAAUGUUGGAAUCAAAGUUGAAGCCCAACCAUGUGACUUUCCUCGCUGUUCUUCAGGCAUGCACUCAUGGUGGUUUUCUGGAAAAGGGCUGGGAUUAUUUCAAGAUGAUGAGCAGGCUUUACGGGAUAAAGCCUAGAUUAGAGCAUUAUGCAUGCAUGGUUGAUCUCCUUGGUCGUCGAGGCAGAGUAAAGGAGGCACUUGAAUUCAUCUCAAGCAUGCCUUUUGAACCCGACGCCGGGGUAUGGGGUGCUCUGCUUGGUGCCUGCAUUAUGCACCAUGAAACUGAUAUCGGUGAGUAUGCAGCAAAUCGGCUUUUUGAGUUGGAUCCUCAAGCAGCAGUACCAUAUGUGUCAAUUGCUAACAUCUAUGCCGAGAAGAAAAGGUGGGAUGGCGUUGCGAAGAUCAGAACGAUGAUGAAACGCAGCGGAGCUAGGAAAUUUCCCGGCAAGAGUAUUGUUCAAAUUGAUGGAAAAGGGCAUUCUUUUACUGUUGAAGAUAGGGAUCAUGCUGAUGGUUUGCAGAUAUAUGAAAUACUGGAUGGUUUGGCUUUGCAGCUAAAGGAACAAGACAAUGUGACUGAUGUAGAAUGCAAUUUAGGAAUCUAAGCCAUAUAUAUAUACAGUUGAAGAGU